UCAGGGAAAAACGUGAGGUUUUUGUUUGAGAUCAUCGAAACAUUUGAGCAAAGCUUAUGGCGAUUAAACAACUCCGUUGUCGUCUCCUCCCUACAUUUCCCAAGUUAACGUAUGAAGCCCACAAGGUUCUAAGUUUUUAUAUAUAAGUAGUGAUUUGUUAUGUUGCCUCUGAAUCAGUUUUCUUAUGGAUUUUGCUUCAACAACAUCGCAUCAAUAUGAUUAGCCAAAACAACUAUGGCUUCCUGUUGGCUAUGGCUUUGCUGGUUUGUGGACCAGCGGAAGCCCAGUUAUCUCAAUAUGGUUCCUAUGGCGCUGUAGAAAAAUUUCCCCAAAUGCCUCAGAAUGGAGUGAAGAGAAAUAAUCCAUUUGGACUAAAUGGGCAAGUUUCAUAUUUUCCUUCACAGAAUGUGGGUGCUAUAUCAUCACCCGCCUUGCAUUCGAAGGAAAGUGUGAAUUAUGUACCUUUACAUCAAUAUCAGUAUGUUUCAUCCUCACCCACGACACCCACACAAAUGCUGUGGACUGGUCCACCCAUUGUCGUUGGAGAUGAUUACUAUUACAUUGAACGUAAUGGCGGUCAGCGGCAGCAAUCAGGAAAUCCCCCAUCAUUACAGACAACACGUAGAACUUCUAAGAAUUUAGCAUUGCCAGGUUACUCCAAUCACCAACAAGUAGUGCCACCCUCACAAUUCAAUUAUGGCAAUCAAGUGAUUUAUCACAGUGAUGUGAGGCGACAUCAAAUUCUCACAUCACCGGAAGACGCAUUUAAACCAUUGGCUACUGUUGGCUUCCCCAUGACCAAAGAGGACGCACAACAAUAUCAGGAAGCUUCCGAGCAGCAACAACAGGCGAAUUUUUACCAUAGCAACCAUAGAGAAGCAGAACCUUUUGAUAUUCUAAAUGCAAAUCUGAAUUAUCUUCGAGCUGUAGCAAGUUCAGCUGACAGUGAUGAUCGAUUAGCGAAUAAAAAUGAAAAGGUUGAUUAUGAUGAACAUUUUAAAGAGUAUUUAAGAAAAAACCCAUAUAGAAUUAGACCUUUAUAUUGAUGUAAACUAAGAGAGGACUAUUGUAAGAGAAAUAAAUUUAAGAGGAAAAAGUCAA